CAAGUUUAUCCUCGCUAAAUGUUCUGCCUCUGAACUGUCUCUGAGCACGUGUGUGUGGAUUGUUUUGGUUCAUGACAGAAGCGGUGAGUGAGAGCGGAGGUUUUGUCCAGUGGAGACGCAGUGAGAUCAACGACUGAACUGGCCGUGCAUGACGCGCAACUGCAGAAUGAUCCAGUCUUACUGUAAAUAAAAACCCACAAGAAUGUCUUCACUGUCAGCAUUUGGAUGGAUUCUUCUCUCUCUCCUCACUGGGGAAACAUUAGCUCAGACAGAGGCUUCUUGGUGCACAGUUGGACCAGCCCAGAGCUCACACCCUGUGCAGGGUCUGCUGGAGCGCUUUGAGGCAGGUCCCGGGUGCUCUGCCAGGGAAAGCGGCCCCAAAGAGACCCAUGUGAUUGCAGUGGGAAGAGCAUCAAAUAGCCCUGAAAACAAAGUGACCAUGUUGCUGACGCCCCUGUCUCGCUCUCCUGGACUUCUGCGGACGAUCCACCUUCUGCUCAGCUCCAAACAGCCUGUGACCUGGAGCUUAGAAGGAGACAAGCUGCCUGCUCAAUUCACAGUAAUGGUGCAGGUGUCGUCCCAGUCCACAGUGCAGUCCAACUCCCUGGAGGUGCAGGUUCAAACAAUGGAUUCAUUGCCCUUUCGCCCCCGAGCUCUUCACCGCUGGGCUUUGAGACACCAUGGAAACAUCACCUCUCUGACACACUCUGCACACAGCAACCACGUUUAUAUCAAAUUGGGACAAGAUCAGAAUCAGACUACAGCCUGUCACUUGCGGUCGAUGUUCCUCUCUCCCAACUACAUGACCUCUGACCUUCAGCCCCAGGAAGUACAGGGCUGCUCCCUCAUGACCUCAGGGGCUGUUGGUACCCAUAGUCCUGAAGUGCACAUUAUUAAACUUCACUCUGCUGGCUCUGGUCUCUGUGGCUCUUUGCAGGUGGAGGUGGAGGUCUCUCUUAUCCCCUCAGUCAAGUCCAGGGUUCACAACAUCGUACUUAUUCUCAGUAGCUCUGUGCCUGUUAACUGGGCCAUUGUGGCAAGAGGCAUUCAAGGCCGCGUGGAUAUUUAUUCUUCAAACAGCGUGUCCCCACCCUUUCCCCCUGAACGAAACCUGAGUGUGUCCAGCAGACUCCACACUGACCUGUCGACUGUGUCCGACCUGCUGCUCUGGGCCCGGGACAGAGGCUUCCCCACAGUCACUUCCUACACUGAGGCAGAACUGGCCAACCGAUUCAGGAUUCACCUCACCAGGCUUGGGGCAGAGUUGUCUCCACAGGAUGGCAGGCCGCCCUGGAUGGAAGAGCAGUGGCUCAGGGAGUGGCUGAGUGAUUCUCCUGCUGGAGAUGGAGAGAGUUUCUCAGUGCAGUGUAAAGAUGGACAACUGAGUGUGACAGUGGAACAGAGCAUCCUGCAGAGGUUGUCUCUACCUGUAUCUGCUAUAACGCUUCGAGACCCGACAUGCCAGGCCCAGUCCAAUGGGAGCCAUUUCCUGUUGGUGUUCCCAGUCAUUUCCUGUCAGACAGAGGGAAACCUUCUGGGACCCUCAGGAGGGGUGCGAUACAAAAACACGGUUUUUUUCUGGAGAGACAAGCUUCCAAGCAUUUUGGAUUUAAAUGCAACAGAACUGAAGUCCAAACGUCCACUAAGCAUCCAUUUCACCUGUUUGGCCUCAUCUCCUACUCUCAGCUUUGGUGGUGAUGUAGAUAGUGAGAGCCCUCCUUACAUCAUGCCUCCCUGGGCUCCUCCAGGUUCAAAAUCAGAAGAGCAAAGGAGACCGCCAUCACCCGGACGCAGGCCUGGUCCUGAGCUGGCCAUGAGGCUUUUUGUGUCCGAAACAUAUGAGGAGAAGAGGAUUGGCCCAUGUGUAAUCACUGCAGAUCACCGAGUCUACACUGAGAUUUCAACAAAAGGGUCCUUGGUUGGUGUAAUUAAAGUCAGGUCAUGUAUCAUCUCACCACAGUCAGAUCCAAAAAAGUCCCCAUUUUGGAGUGUCAUCAGGGAUGGCUGCUCCUCUGAUGACUCACUUAUUCUUAGCCCAGUCAUUAAACAUGACAAUGGUAGUGCAAAUGAAAAAAUGGAAAAAGACAAUAGUUUUGAUGUGAGCAGAACUGACAGAAGUACAAGAGACACAGGAGGGACAGAGAGGAGAAGUGUGGCAGUAGAGGAGCAGGUGCUGAGGUUCAGUUUUAUCAUGAGAGCGCUGUAUAAUGAGUCCAUGCAGUUCCUCCACUGCAGCCUGCUUCUGUGCACCUCUGAGACAUCAGCAGAAGGGUCCAUAGUACUGACAGGGGACUGUCGCACUGAGACAAGGAUUCCUCCUCUGAUUUCCACAGCAACCGCACACCAGUGUGAGAUUCGAAAUCUGUCCAGACCUAUGGUGGUGACCAGGCCCAUCAGCUCUCUAGCCCCAAAACCAAGGUCGCCCCCUACUGGACAAAGAUUUAAGAGGCUGAGUGUGUCUCCACUGACGAGCCCAGACCCUGAGCACAUCAGCUCCAUGGUGCAGAUAGGACCACUGAUGGCAAUCGUGUUUACAGCCUUUGUGAUGGGCACUUGUCUGAUGGGGGCACUCUGGUACAUCUACAGUCACACAGGUCAAACACAUCUCAGAGACAGCCUGAGAGAGGAAACACUCAGAGGUCGCAGUCUGCUGAAUCCAUCGUCACAGUCCAUUCAGGUCCAACAGCUCUGUGUGAAAGGUGAUACUACUAGAUACUCACCAAAUGCGAAAUAA